AUCGUGUGUGCAGUGUCCAAUAAAUUCUCACCUCCAUUGAGCUCCUGUACCAGCAAAGAUGAGGAUGAUGCAGAAGCUGCUAAAAUGCUUCAUCUGUCCAAGCAGGUUAAUCACUUGAAGACGUUUGUUGAUGAGAAUGGACUGCAGAGGAAAAUUGCUGUAUUGAAAUCGGCCUCAGAAGUAGAUUUGGAUUCGUUUCCUAGACUUGAUGAUGAGGAACUCAGGAAUCUUACCUGCGGAACAUAUCAACUGAAGUUAUCGUCUAGUUAUAUGCAGGAGCAUUUGGAUGGUGAGAGUGACAUUUACUUUCAUGAAGAGGACAACACACUCCUCAGAGCAAAGAUCCAGAGUAGACAUAUUUCGUCCAAGAAGUACCAACUUUGGAUCCAUUACAGUGAGAGUACAGUGGAAUCUUGGUACUGCACAUGUAGAGCAGGAGCAAGAGUUGUCGGGAUGUGCUCCCACAUUGCAGCAGUUAUUUGGUACCUUAGCAGUGCAAGGUAUGGUAGUGAUAAAUCAUUGGGUGUGAGAGAUUGGUGCAAACAUGUCUUGGAUGCAGCUGAUAUUCCAGCAAGUGUUGAUGAGUCUGAUAGUGAUAGUGGUGAAAGUUUGCCUGAAGAAUGAUUUUUAUGAGUGUACAUGUGCAUGUAUGUGUGUUCGAGUGCCAUGUGUGAUUGUAAUUUGAUUUAUUGUCAAAAGCAUGUACAAGGAUAUCUUGGUGGUAGCUCAAUUGUUGUUGAAUAAAUAGAGUGCAUUGUAACAUGACUUGUAGUUAAUACAUUUACUUUAUUGAUGUAAUUAUACAUUUCUUGUCAGGGUAUUUAACUUGUUUCUUCAAUGAACUAACUUUGAUUCUGCUAACUUAAUUAAUUUGUCAUGCUUUUAAAAAAUGGUUUAUAAUAUUAUGCCAUAUACAUGUAAUGAUUGCAUUAAAUAAUUG